ACCGCCAUUAGUAACAGUAUCGUGCGGGAUCUGUGCCUUGUACAACUUCUGUCUUAAUGUUGUACAUAUAGUGAAGGGUUUACUCUGCCGGGAUGUGACAGUAAAGUAUCGAUCAAUUAUAAUCAUAUCGUGCGCUUAAUUGGUCAAAGACGGCACAUUUGUUUGACACUGGAUUCGGUUUUACAUAUUAAAUCACGUCAGAUGAUGAGAGUGUUGCUGUUGCUAAGUGCCUGUGUUUGUUUGGGCCUCGCAGAUGGCCGUUAUGUUGAGGAACAGUAUGGGAAGAUGUUCAGGUGGAUGAUGCCUGAAGACACUCGGUCACUAGAGUUCACCCCCAAGGGCAACUCAGAGGUGACAGUCUUGUGGACACGUCAUGUCAAGAAGGGGAUGGAUCCGGCAUUUUCAGCCUUAGACCACAAGCCGCUGAAGGGGAUAGUAGAUCUCUACUGGGGGUUUAUAUGUUGCUACUACGAGCUGAGUUAUUUAACCCUGGAAGACAGUGGCCUCUACACAAUGAGAGACAAAGAUAAGAAACUGCUGCGUAAUGUGACCAUUGAGGUAAUAGCAAACACAAGGUCCUAUGAACUGAGUCCUGGACAAAGGCUUGGCGUCACUUUUGAUCUUACAUGGGACUCCUGCAACAUUUACUUCAUCCCAGAAAGUGACCCCAACGUGAAAGGGUUUGAGACUGAGAUAGUUCGUCAAGGCAGGCUAGAGAGGAAGGACUUGGAUAAAGUUAAUUGCGGUGGGUUUCAGCUGUCACAGCCAUGUGGGAUUUUGAUUGAGCGCUUCCAAAGUUCAUGUGUUGGACGCUUCGAGGUCAGAGAUCAGAAUGACAUCACGAUCUUCGUGGCAUCACUGGAAGUGAAGCAUAGGGUAGACCCUAAGACGACCACCAAAGGGCUUCGCCGUGAAACUGUAGCUGCUAUUGCCAGUGGUGUUUUUUUCUUUUUGUCGUCUUGCUGCGGUUGCUUGAAGAAAUGCUGUGGGGUGAGCUCCUCCAGAGAGGACGAUUGUGAGACUGAAGGGGCUGCAGGUACACAAUCCGACUGACGAUGUGCCACCUUCUUAUUCUGAGGUUGUGGCUUCAGCAGAGCAGGCAGUUGUUCCAUCUGCCCCCGUCUACUCUGACGUUGAGCCGCGGUUUGAGCUGAAGGGGAUGACCUUUCCCUCAGACUCAGCCAAUGUUUAUACCUCAGACAAACUCAACUUCCUCUGAAGGCCUUAUUUUGAUGGGUAUCCUUGUUGUAAUAUUUGGUGCUUGCAUUAUACAUUCUAGUGUGGAUUAUGAAUGAUGAGCUGUAGAUGUUACAUUGAUAUAUACUGUAGCUAUUUCAGAAACAUGUUCAUUUACUCAGGCAAGUCACACACAUUUCUAAAUGUUUUAAAGAGAGUGAUUGUUUGACAUCUACCAAAAAUAUGAAAUGCACCAGUUGCCUUUUCGCCCUGCAUGUAUCCACUGGAGAGUGGCACCAACGCCUUAACACCGCUGCACUGCGAUCAGUUAACGUAAUUGUGUCAAUACAUUUUCUGUUAUUACACUUUUACUUUUACACACAAGCAGUAAACUGAUUACAGUUGCAAUGUG